ACCGAAAUUCAUUCGUCGAUUGGACAUGGAUUGACCCGUUAACAUACAUAUAUUUGAGUUUUUGUUUUUAUUUUGACAUUCUUUUUUUUUCUUUGUUUUCUCUUUGCAGCUAUCUAGUACGACCAUCACCAUUUUCAGCGCAAAAAACGUUCGAACGUCACAAUUCGCGCCGCAAAUCAAACAUAUCCUUCUGUUCGAAUAUCAAUUUGGGUGCCGCUUGCGGUACAAACGUUAAUGCAACACAGGGUGCCGGCUCACGUCGCGGCUCCGGCUUAGCCGGUCUUAAUCCGAUGCAAAUGCAAAGCGUCCAGACGUUGGCCGGGUAUGGUUCGCCACGCUGCUCGCCGCCAAUACAACAAAUUAAAUCCAAUUCUCUUUCUCUACCCGACAGUCCGACGGUUGUUGGCGCGCAGCGCGGCCGGAGCAAUUCAUUGCGGAUCGACAAUGAUAUAUUGCUGCGGCGUUCCUCCUCGCUGCGGCAGGGUUUACCCAAUGUCGGUGUAAGCCAUGGCCGACGUAAAUCUUCGCUGGAGGAAAUAGGCAUCAGUCACUUUACAACGCUGAUGCAGGCAACGAAUCAUUCGAAUCCAAUAAAAAUUGCGCUCAAUGGCAGUAUAGGAUUGGAGGUCACCCCACCCGAAGAGCCCACGCCAAUUUUAGGCGUACCCUGCAUCAUAGCGGGUAGCGCCGGUGGUGGCAUUAAUCCCUCAGCUUUGGGUGGCUCUACACUCGGCGUUGGUUCAUCGCUGGCCAUUAAUACAGCCGAUCUUGGCGCCUCACCCACAUCGAGCAACACAAAUUCACCGCUACAAGUGCCACAACAGGAUUCACAACAAUCCGGACAAAUGCAAUCACCGCAACAUUUACAAGGGACAAUUGUAUGAUACAACCUUAUGUGGGGUCGUAGGCUCCGCUCGUCGAUAUCGAAGAAAAACAAAUGGAUAUAAUAUAAGUAGAAAUCGGAACGGUGCUAAGGUGUCGCCACAGCAGCGGAGUCCAACUUGACCAGAGUAAAAUUAUAUGUAGCACAGUGCGCACACUGGACAUCACAGCUCACACACAACAAAUGGCAAGCAUAGACGACUAAGCACAAGUAGUUAGGAGCAAUUGAAAUUGCGUAACUGGAGUGUAGGUAGUUAGAUAUGCACAUCAUCUAUUGAAGAGUGAGCGAUGGAAACGUAGGAAAAUUCGGGACAAAGGCUGAAUGUCGUCAAAUUAAAACUCGUUCAUAGGCAACGAUUUAAAAUAUGCAGUAGGUUUGAAAUUGAAAAUUUUGAGUUUAAGCUCCAUAGUGAUUAACUGUAUUUAUGUUAUUUAUGUGCAUAUAUAGAUAAGAUGAAUCGUUCAAUUGUAGUUGUAGAAAGGCUUUUAAAGUUAUGCGAAAAAUAAUGUAUUUAUUUACAUAAAACGAUUAUUAUUUCAUUAAAAUGUAGCAGAACUAUGUAAAUCAUGAUUAUUUAUUUGUAGUCUUAAAAAAACUAUCAUUUAUUUGUGGUUUAUUCUUAAAAUAUUUUAGCAAAUAUUUAACUGUUUCAUUUCAUGUUCUUCUUUUUGAAAUGUGUUCAUGAUUUUUUUUUCUCGGAAAUAAAACUAAUUUCCUGUAAAAAUUUUUCUA